AUGUAUCCGCACCAGGGCUUUUCCUCUACUGGGCGCCUCGUGAGCGGGGAGUUCUCCCAGUUUAACAUCCUGCAGAAGGUAUCCACCCUCAAGGAUGGUGACUUCGUCUUGACUGAAAGGCCACGAACCGGGGUCAUCACAGUUGCUGCUCUUGCCCUUAUCUCCAGCACCGCCAUCUUGAUUUACUUAAGCUUUAAGUACCAGACGGCAGACCACUGGUACCCAUCUGAACUUUGGGCCCGUUUUCAUGCCCACAAGUACCUGGGCUGGCAUGCUGACUGCAUCCGUGAUACCUUUGGCGUGCCCUUGUGGACCCAGGUGUUGGCACCACUCAUUGGGGUCCAUGUGACUGAGGAGAAGGUGGAGCGCAACAGGGCCGCCACGGACCAACUGCAGUGGCUGGAGAACAAGUUCCUGGGGGGCUGGGCCUUCCUCAACAGCCAGCAGGUGACGCUGGCUGACCUCAUGGUGCUGGAGGAGCUGGUGCAGCCUGUGGCUCUUGGCUGUGACCUAUUUGAGGGACAGCUGAAACUGGCAGCAUGGCGUGACUGAGUAGAGGCUUUCCUGGGUACUGAUCUGUGCCAGGAGACCCAUGGCCCCAUCUUGAACAUCCUAGAGCAGACGGCUAACAAAACAGUCCCGCAGCCUCCACCAGAACUCUCCCCCUAUAUGCUAUUUUAUAUUUCUAGGAUCCCCUGAGGAAUCUGGAAUAGGGACUGAUGGUUGGAGGCCAGGAGAUUAGCAAUAAAGAUUCAUUCUUAGUUUCUUA